AUGUCCCUAGACAUCGGAACGGACGGCGGCGACAAUUCCAAUAAUAUUUCAUUCUUGAACAAAAAUUCAUUUUGGGGUUUAUUUCAUCUAUUUCAUGAUCGAAAUAAGGGGAGAUACACGUUACACCAUGAUUUUGAAUCAGAAGAUAUAUUUCAAGAAAUGACAAAUCUAUUCACUCUAUCAAUAACCAAGCCGAAUCUGGUUGAAAAACUUGACAGGUUUUGUCAAGAACUGGACGUAGCUACUGGAUUAGAGUGA